AUGACGAAAGCAUCUUUGCCGGUAUCUGCCUUCACUUCGGGCAAAUCUCCGUCAAAAGCUUUUAGGUUCGAGGACGAUGGUUUUAUUCGCGACGUGGAUUGUUUCGUUAAAACCAUCGCCACAAUCAAAGCCAAAGGCGCUCGUCCCGACCACAUUGGCUCCACUAUCGCUCACUAUGCUUCCACGCGGCUCCCUGACCUCUCCCACGGCGUUGUUAGAAACCAUCAGCAACAAUCGUAUAGCGUAACAGCUUACGUGAUGAAAAAACGUUACUUGGUCGAAACCCUAAUCGGAAUCCUUCCGCCGGAGAAAGACUCCGUUUCAUGUAACUUCCUCCUUCGUCUACUCAAAACCGCGAACAUGGUCAAAGCACACCCGGACUACAAGGCCGAGCUCGAGGUGAGGAUAUCAUGGCAGCUAGAACAAGCUUCCCUCACGGAGCUAAUGAUACCUUCUUUCAGUCACACUUGUGGUGCAUUGUUCGACGUAGAGCUAGUGACUCGAGUGGUCACGAACUUUGCAAGAUUAUACCAUGAAGGAUUCAAAAGCGGUGCUUCUCUCGUUAAAGUGGCGAAGCUCGUAGACUCUUACCUCGCGGAAGCUGCCAUAGACAACAAUUUAAGCCUCAUCGAGUUUAUUUCCCUGGUAAAAGCUCUCCCUAGCCAUUCUCGUGUGACAGAAGAUGGCCUAUACCAUGCAAUGGACACUUAUCUAAAGGCACAUCCUAAUAUGACGAAGCAAGAAAGGAGGAGACUUUGUGGGCUAAUAGGCAUCAAGAAGUUAUCAAAGGAGGCGUCUCUUCACGCUGCAGAAAACCCUCGCUUACCAAUGCGGACUAUUAUCCAAAUUUUGUUCAGUGAACAGAUAAAGUUGAGUCAUGGCCGCCACAAUAACGACAUUGAUUAUAAUGUCUCAUCAUUAAGUCGAAACCCUUCUUGUUCACAAGUCUCAGAGCCUAGUCCUGGUUGGCGCAUGUCCAAACGUGACAUGAAUAUUCAACAAGCAGAGAUUAGGAGAUUGAGAGAAGGCAUGGAGAAGCUGCAGAUAGAGAAUGAAGCGAUGCGACGGCAGUUAAAGAAAGAGAAGAUAGGUGGUAGGAGUAGUAUCGGUUAUACUGGUGGGAGUAAAUGGUAUUUUAGGUGGAAGAAUUUCAGAUUUAGGAAGUGUUUUAGAAGUAACGUUAUGGAGAAGAUAGAUGGUGAUGAGUUUGGUGAUAACAUUGAAGGAGAAAGAGAAAAAGACUUUGAGUAUGAGAAUCAGAGACCUGUGCUUGGUGAUGCCAUCCCAAGUUCCGGACAAGUCGACAACAAGGCAGAACCGAUCGUGCCCAUCAUACCGAAUCAGCCAAUGAAGAGGAACCAGGCAGGAAGGAGCUUAAGAAAGACCAUGAACCAGUUAAUGGCGAAGUUGGUCGAUGAUGAUAGAAAGAUCUAUACCGCAUCAUCCUCAACUCAAAAGAUCAAGGACGACAACGACAAACCACCAAGACCAAAACUUACCGAAUCUUGGUAA